AUGCUUCGAGCUACCAGAUUAGGUUGUCGAUGUCUUUCCAGGGCUCAUGUUCGUUACUACAGGAAAAGGCGAAUGCUUACCGGUCAUAUACCAACGCUAAAGAAUAAUGAGAUACUUCGAGAACAGAAAGUUAUUAAUAUUGAUGCACCAUCGCCAGAUGUUGUAGAAAAUAAACUGAGAUCCCUAGGAUUCGAAAAUCUCGAUGCUGAAAACUCUAUGCAGGAUAUGAUGUUAAGUUAUUUCAGCCAAGCCAAUGCUGGGUUCAAGCGAGGGUCGAAGAAUCUAAAGAAGUUACAGAAUGAUCUGAUGGCUAACGAUACCAGUGAUGAUGCCAAAUUGGGUGCCCUAUUUAACUACCUACUCGAAGAGAGUAAUCUAGAAAUAAGGAGAUUACAGACGAUGAAUAAGGACAAGGUCGAUAUUAACAAUGAGUCAAGAAUGAUUGAUAAAGAACUAGAAUCUGAGACUGAGCUAGAAAACGCGAUAGUAUCUGAACUUUUCAAACCUACCGGUAAGGAUGGAGAGACAUACUUGAUGAAUACAGAUUUCAUAUAUGAAAUUUUAACCGAUUUGAACAACCGGAAGAAACCUCUAGGUGCCAAAGUACUAUCCAUAGAUCAGCUCGUUGAAGCGUUCGAGCUUGCCAAAACUGUGCCAAUAGAAGGAAGGCGAAGACGAGGUAUUUUUCUGGCUGGCAACUUGAUAUACUCACUCGGCAAGGUGAGGAUGGAUCCAGUAAACGAGUCAUUCUAUAUUGAAUCGCUUGUUAAUUACGGGCUAUACAAGAAGGCAUAUAAUCUUUUCGAAUCCGUAAGAGAAAAGGUAAACGAAAGAUGGUGGUACGAGAUGGGAAUGAUGAUCGCGCUUAGGGGUAAUUACUUACGCAAGCUUGACACUCUUUUGGCCAUUGCUGAUGAAAAGUUUGACAGCUAUCCUUAUAUCGCCCCCAAAAUGUUACAACUUGCGAUUAAGAAAAAGCUCUACAUCAGAGAUUUCGAAAGCGCUAAUGCAUUGUCUGACAGGUAUCUUGAGAUCAUAUCCCAAUAUGGGUUGAAAUGCAGCAGUGAUCGAGACCAUAAAAUGAUCAAAUUCCAGUCGGAAGGUGAAGCUGAUGAAUACCUAAAUGAAAUAGAGGUGCCCACCAUUCAAGGCCUUCUAGCCAUCAUUGACUACCAUUUUUUUAGAAAGAAUUUUGAUAUGGGCUAUAAGUUGAUGGCAUCGUAUCUAGAGAAAACAAGCGACGAUGAAGUGAGUCUUCAGUUUUUAAUAGUGCGUUUGAAGUUGAACCUUUUGAGAAACAUGAACGGUCUCAAAGUCGCGCUUGAACCACAUAUACCUCGUACUGUUGCCAAAAAUCGUUUGAGGAACCUUCAGAGGUCUUUCAAUAAGAUGGUUGGUGAAAUGAAUGUCGAUCCAUCGGUAUGUCAGGAGCUGCUUUUUGAUAGUAUUUCCUCUCUUGUCCAGAACCCCCUUUUGACUAAAACAGUUGAAGGUCUGCUUGUAUCAUCCAUGAAAGAACAAGCGCUCUCGCCAUCCAAAAGUUUUCGUGGCCUUAUAAAAUUACUGCUAGCCACAGAACGUGAGAAAGAUGCUAUGAAAUUACUUACAAAUAUGGAGCUCGCAUUCAAAAUUUCUCAAGAUUGUACGCGUACGCAUGAGGAUCAAUUUUACACACCUGCCAACGCUCACCAUUAUGCGGAAUUUGUUGAAUACUAUACCAUUCUUGCAGCAAGAGGCAAAUCAAAAAGGCCGUUGGUUACAUAUGAGAAAAAUAUCUCCAAAUUGCUGGCAAGAAUGGAGGCAACUGGAGUAAGGUACAAUGCAGUAUUUUUGGCGAAGUUAUUGGUAUUUUACAAGGGAAAUAACGAUUUUGGAAACUUAUUCAAAAUAAUCAACGAGAUAUUGGAGGUCAAGCAUGACAUCUCGACCCCUGCAGACGCUAAUAGAACAAGCUUCUACGGUCGUCGUGAUAUCACACGAGGCCUGUAUGCUGAAAUUUGGAAUGCCUACUCAAGAUAUUACUAUGUUUACUCUCGCGAAUGGCAAACCAUUGGUAAGAAGUCUAACUAUGUAGGGUGGAGGAACAAUGUGUCAAAGAUCAUGGAAAAGACCAAAAUACAUCCUAGUACUCCGAUCAGAACAUUGUUCGCAAACAUGAUCAACGCUGACAAUAUUUUGCCAGACGAACGGAUGUACUUCGUUAUCUUGGUCACGUUUAUGAAGAAAAGAGAGUGGGAGGCCAUACCUGGUGUCUUGACUGCGAUGGAGAGUAUACACGGUCUACCAAUCUCUGAUGAACUGGUAAACUAUUUUAUGAAGGGGCUAGAGAGAGAGUAUAUCAUGGCAAGACGGCAAAAAAUUGAUUUGAGUGGGCAAGAAGAUCAAGAGAUAAACUCCAGUAUGAAGCAAUUCAUACAGCAACUCAAGAAAAAUGCAGUUGUCCAAAAGCCCGAGUCUGGCGAUCCUAACACUGUUAAUAUAUUAAUAGAGAACAUUUUGGCUUUACAAAGGUAUAAAAGCCCAAGUGACCAUGAUUUUUUCCAGGUCACUGAAGCCAUGAAGGCAAUGCAAUGUGAGAGACCUAAUAUACAGGACUUGAUCGACAAUGUACAAAGCACAGAUAGCUUCAUGUAA